UUCUCAUCUCCAACCUGCUUACGAAAUUGUGAUUAAUUUUUGUUAUUUUUUCAAUUCAAUUAUAAUUUUAAAGUGUUUUAUAAAUUAAGUUUUCCAACUGGACUAUACAAAACUCCAGCGAAUUUCGGGCAGAAGAAAAAUGUGUCUUUAGUCUAGGGUGAAACGCCAUCUGCAGCAGUUCUCACACUCGCACUCUGUGACCCCUAGAAACCAUGUUCCAAAUAGUGGGAGGAUUAAGUAGGUACUUCACCUACUUUCUGUUGGUGGAACUAUGUUUCUUGGCUGUGGCCCAAUUGCCAGGAAGUGAAUACAUGCCGCAGCAGAAUCUGGAUCAACCGCAAUCCCAGCCACAAACAUAUCAGCCCACCUACAACAAGGAUUAUUCGCCGCGUUACAAUCCACUGUACACAGGACAACAGCAACCACAACCUAAUUCGAAUAUCGAUGCAAAUCAAUACGAUAAUCCACUGCUAGACAACAAUCCGAACAACUACAACCCAAACAAUGGAUACUUUGAUGGCAAUCGUCCAUUAAUCGGAGGCGGAGGCAAUGUGAAUGUCGGAGGACCUGGUCAAAAUCUGGGUGGCAUUGGCUUAGGGCCCCAAUACGAUCCCUUUAACCGCAAUAGUCUUAAUUCUGGAGGAGGAGUAGGCGGAGGACUGGGAGGAGGAGCUGGCGGUUUGGGCUAUAGAGAUAUGUUCAGCGAUGAAGAGAACUUUUGCCCCGAACAUUGGGUAUCCUUUAGGCAAACGUGCUAUCGCUUCAUACGCUCACCCAAACGCAAUUGGGCCGAGGCGAAAAAGAUUUGUAAAGCCUACAAUGCAGAUUUGAUUAAUGUGGACAAUGUGGAGAAGCAUUCGUUCAUCUUGAGGAAUCUGAUCGUGCAGAAUCAGCGACAAAAUCGUUUCUUCAUUUCGGCUCGCCAGACAGGACCACAGAAUUGGGUGAAUGAUGACAAUACACAGCUGAUCCAUAUUGAGGAUUCGUUCGCCUUCGAUGAGCAGUUGCCACUCGAGAACGAAGAUCUUCACGAUAAUCGGUUCUUGGUGCAGAAUGACCUGAACUUGAAUCGGAAUCCCAACAAUCCCAAUCAGUUUUACAAUGUCUUGCCCGGCAAUGUGAAUCAACGGAAUCAAAAUAAUUUGCGUGGUUAUAUUGGUGCCAACCAGCCCUACGGCGACAAUGGCUAUAUACGUGAUCGCGUGGUCUAUGCCUUUUCAAAGAAACGCGAUAAAUGGGUCUUUAUGCCCGCCUACGAAAUUGAAUUAAAUCUCUUUAUAUGCGAAUCGAGAUCCCUUUAUACUCCGGAUAAUGUAAACAUUAAAUUGGAUGACAAGCGUCCCUAUCAUUAUGGCUUGGAUAUACGCGAUUUGGAGCGCAUUCCACGUGGUCCCUAUUUUGUGAAGCAGCCCAAUGAUACGACUUUCGAUGUGAACAAGAAUCGACUGAUCAAUGACGUAUCCCUUAGUUGUUUGGCAGGCGGCUUUCCCACUCCCACAUAUCAAUGGUAUCGCGAGGUGUAUGUGAACGAUACUCUCGAGUAUCGUAGGAUCGAUCCUCUGGUACAGGAUCGCUACACCAUUUCCGGCGGCAAUCUCAUCAUCUAUGAGCCGAAACAAGCUCUCGAUCAGGGUGCCUACCAUUGUGUGGCAGAGAACAAAUUUGGACGAGUUCGCUCGGAGAGUGCCCAUCUGAACUUUGGCUUCAUUAUGGAGUUUAAUUUAAAGCGUUCGUCGGAGACAAGUGAAAUGAACUGGGGCAAAUCUAUUUUCUGUGAUCCACCCCAGCACUACCCGGCAGUGCGUUAUUAUUGGGCUCGUGACUAUUUCCCCAACUUUGUGGAGGAGGAUCAACGUGUGUUCGUCUCACAUGAUGGAGCCUUGUAUUUCUCGUUCAUCGAAACUGUGGAUCGGGCCAACUAUUCGUGCACGGUGCAAACUCUUGUCUCCGAUACGGGUCGCAACGGACCCUUCUUCUCGUUGCGGGUCACACCCAAUAGCAAUUACCAGGCCCUAAUCUUCGCCAACACAUUCCCCAAGGUGUUCCCCGAGGCCCCUGUAGCGGGCGAGGAUAUACGGCUAGAGUGUAUGGCAUUCGGUUAUCCGAUUCCAUCGUACAACUGGACGCGCCAGGGCCAAAAUUUGCAGAGAAACGCAUAUACGACAAACUAUGGUCGCGUUCUCAUCAUACAGAACGCCACGACAAAUGACAACGGCGAAUACACGUGCACCAUCACCAAUCUGCGCAAGACUCUUGUCAAGAGCAUUUACAUUAACAUCCAGAUGCGACCCGAGUUUACUAUCCCUCUGAAGGACAUGAUCAAGGACUACAAUAGUGAUGUGACUUUCAUAUGCGAGGCCUUUGCCAUUCCUGAUGCCAACUACACCUGGUACAAGAACGCCGAACGACUGGACCCGCUGACCAUCAAUAGGGACCGCUAUGUCAUCCAGGAUAAUGUGCUGACAAUCAAGUUCCUAGAGAAGGAUAAGGACGAGGGCAUGUACCAGUGCGGAGCACAGAAUCAACUAAAGACUUCGUUCUCAUCAUCGCAAUUGCGUGUACUUUCCAUGAAGCCUUCGUUCAAGAAGCAUCCGCUCGAGGCCGAAAUAUAUGCCGUCUUCAAUGGCAAUACGACAAUUGUCUGUGAUCCCGAGGCAGCUCCGCGACCCAAGUUCCAGUGGAAAAAGGAUGGCCAACUUCUGGGUUCAGGGGGACAUCGUCGCAUUCUGCCCAGUGGCACGUUGAUAAUAUCGCCAACAUCGCGUGACGAUGAGGGCAUGUACACCUGCAUUGCUUCCAACCAGGCGGGCACAGAUGAGUCCCACGCCCGCGUCAUAGUCCUACAAGAAAUUCGUUUCCUUCAGACUCCACCACAGCGCAUUGUGUCCAAGGAGCACGAUCUGAUCUAUUUACACUGCGAGGCCAUCUACGACGAGCUUUUGGACAUAGCCUACGUCUGGAAACACAAUGGCGAGAUAUUGAAAAACGACCACGAUGGCACAACGCGUAUUAUUGUGGAUUGGAACAGUUUGACCGUACAUAACACCACAAUGGCCGAUGCCGGAGACUAUGAGUGCGUAGUACAAUCUGCCGUAAAUGAGAUAAGUGCCAAAACAGUUGUCGUAAUAGAAGGGGCACCCGGUGCUCCGGGCGGUGUUCAAGUGAAUCAGAUUGCUAAGACCAAGGCCAUCAUUGAAUGGGUGGAUGGGGCCAACAAUGGGCGGCCCAUACGCUAUUACAACAUCUUGGGCCGCACCAAUUGGAAUCGCACCUGGACAAAUGUCUCGACUCAUGUGCAGGCUAAAGAAAUCGACCGAUAUACAAUGCGUCAGCAGGCCGAAGUAAUGAAUCUCACGCCCUGGUCUUCCUAUGAGUUUAGCGUGACUGCCGUCAAUGAUUUGGGAAUCGGAACUCCAUCGGCCCCAUCACCCAUCUAUAGUACUUACGAAGACAAGCCAUAUGUGCCGCCCAGGAAUGUGGGUGGAGGCGGUGGCAAGAUAGGUGACCUGACCAUUACGUGGGAUCCUCUUUUGCCCCAGGAGCAGCACAGUCACGGCAUUCACUACAAGGUAUUCUGGAAGUUAAAGGGUGCUAAGGAAUGGGCGACGGAUAUCAUCAUGAAGCAGGAGAACGUUGGCGUCGCCGUGGUCAAUAUACCGCGGGAGAACUACUACACGCAAUACGAUGUGAAAGUACAAGCCAUCAAUAACGUAGGCAAGGGCCCCGAGAGCGAGAUGGUUACCAUUUAUUCCGCUGAGGACAUGCCACAGGUGUCGCCCCAGAAACCGUUCGCGUUACCUUUCAAUUCGACCUGCUUCAAUGUCACCUGGCAACCAAUUGAUAUGUCUCGUGAGCAUAUACGUGGCAAGCUAAUCGGACAUCGGUUAAAAUAUUGGAAGACCACCCAUCAGGAGGAAGAUGCAGUGUACUAUCUUUCACGCACAACAAGAAACUGGGCUCUAAUUGUCGGAUUGCAACCCGAUACAUAUUAUUUUGUGAAAGUAAUGGCCUAUAAUGCUGCUGGCGAAGGACCCGAAAGCGAACGAUUCGAAGAACGCACAUACCGUAAGGCGCCUCAAAAACCGCCCUCCUCCGUUCAUGUCUAUGGAAUAAAUCCAUCCACUGUGCGCGUCGUCUGGCGAUAUGUAUCUCCCUCGCAGGACGAGGAGCCCAUUGAAGGCUAUAAGGUACGCAUUUGGGAAACGGAUCAGAACAUGAUCACUGCCAAUAACACAAUUGUGCCAAUUGGCCAAAAACUGGAAUCAUACAUCAAUACUCUAACUCCCGGCAAAAGCUACAACAUGCGUGUCCUUGCGUUCAGCAAUGGUGGCGAUGGCCGCAUGUCCAGUCCUACUUUACGCUUCCAGAUGGGCAAAACAACCCGCAACUCGGCCACUUUGGGUGGCGGGCAUUACACAAGCAACGUCAAUAGCGCCUUAAUAAUGAGUUUAUUGCUCUUUUUGACACACUUUUUCUAUAUAGAUUACUAAUAACUCUAGACUAGCUUAAGAUGUGUAAGAGACAUAAAUCAAGUAACCAAAAUAGCCAUCCAAGAUUUGGGGCAAAGCGCACACAGCUUUACAAACAAAUAACCCCACACACACACACACACACAUUUUAUGAGUCUCGUAUUUAGCUUUUAAACAAGUCAUUCAAACAUUCCGUAUUUAAGAAAGUGACCUUAUAUAAAAGUAAGAAAGAAUCGAAUCAUUUUUAUACAUAGAUAUUUUUCGAAUCGUGUAUAUUUAGCAUAACGUAAUUAGUUUUGUUGUCCAUAUUCAUUGUAUUCCGUCCAAUUGUACAAAACUAUUUCGAAAUAUAUUAAUAUUUUUCUGACCAAACAA